UUGGAGGGGGGUUUUUUGGAGGGGCAUUGUUGAUCAACAAUUUUUUUGGGGAGUGGAGAGGUCGAAAGGGUGUGCAUGUUUUCGAUUGCACGAGCUAGAGCUGUCUUUGAAGCUUCCAUUGUCGACUUUCACACUGCACCUUCAAUUGAGCACUCCCGUUCCAACACAUCAUCGUUUCCUGCAUAGCGACAUCGAGAAUGGCGUGGGAAGAACCAAGAAAGACAGGCAUGCAAUACCGCCGCCUCGGAAACUCAGGCCUGCACGUCUCCGUGCUAGGUCUUGGAGGCUGGCUAACAUUCGGCGGGCACGUCGAGAAUGAGCUCACAUUCUCCUGCAUGAAGCAAGCCUACGACAGCGGCAUCAACUUCUUCGACACGGCCGAAUCGUACGCAGCCGGCCAGUCCGAAGUCGUCAUGGGCCAGGCCAUCAAGAAAUACAACUGGAACCGCAACGACAUCGUCAUCACAACGAAGCUGAACUGGGGCGGCGCGAACGGGGAGGUGCUGGUCAACAACCACGGUCUGAGCCGCAAGCAUAUCAUUGAGGGCCUCCGCGCAUCGCUCAAGCGCCUCGACCUGGACUAUGUUGAUGUUGUGUAUGCGCACCGUCCCGACCGGCUCACGCCCAUGGAGGAAACCGUGCGCGCAUUCAAUCACGUGAUUGAGCAGAAGGGAUGGGCGCUGUACUGGGGUACAUCGGAGUGGUCUGCGGACGAGAUCGCCGAGGCGUGCGGAAUAGCGAAGCAGCUCGGCCUCAUAGGACCUAUUGUUGAGCAGCCCAUGUACAACCUGAUCACACGCAAGAAGGUCGAGGGCGAGUUCCAGCGCUUGUACACCCGCUUCGGCAUCGGACUGACCACCUUCUCGCCGCUAAACUUCGGCCUGCUGAGCGGCAAGUACAACGACAGCCCCGACGCACCACCUGCUGGGAGUCGGUUUGCAGAGGGAAAUGACAAGUUUGUGAGCAGUAUGCGCGACUCGUACGGCAACAGCGAUUGGACAAGGAUCAUUGAGAAGGCGAGGAAGCUGAAGCCCAUUGCGGAUAGACUGGAUGUGACACAGUCGCAGCUGUCGCUGGCGUGGUGUUUGAAGAAUCCGAAUGUGUCGGCUGUUAUCACAGGCGCGUCGAGGCCAGAGCAGGUUGUGGAGAAUUGCAAGGCGUUGCAAGUCCUGGAUAAGCUCACGCCUGAGGUGCUGGCGGAGAUUGAUGAGAUCUGUGGGAAGAUUGAGCUUGACCCAGCGAGACAGGAUUAAAUGCUGGCGGUGUGUAG